AUGGCUGUUCCAUGGAUAAGGGUGUUUCCACCAGAACCUAACAGAGGCUUUGGAUUUCACGAUAUUCCGCGCUUAUUACACAUGCCACCCGGAGAUUCUCGGCCUUUAACCUACUUCAUGCUUCUUUUUCCUGAGACACUUAUGAAGGAAAUUAUUCGACAUACAAACAGGUACGCACAGAAUCAUGUCCGGGGAAACCAGAACCUCAUCAGGCGUCAUGCAAGGGUCCGGUCAUGGAAGAAGAUCAACUUGUUAGAGCUGAAAGCCUUUCUGUCCAUAUUUUUCAAUAUGAGCAUUAUUAGAAAACCGUCGAUUCCGCACUACUGGAAUUCAACACUUCCAAGUCAACGUUCUGAUUGGUUCCAUCAGACGAUGGCGAGGAACAGAUUUCAAAACAUAUUGAAAUUCAUUCAGAUCGCUGAUUAUCAGCGAAGGGUUGGAAGAGAGCAUCCAGCGUAUGACCCCGCCGCAAGAUUCCGGCCUCUUCUCAACUUUGUCAACAGACAGUUCUUGCGAUUUAUAGUUCCACGGAGGGAGCUUUGCGUUGAUGAGUCAUUGGUUAGCACCAAAGGUCACAGUGUAAUGAGGCAAUACAUUCCCUCAAAGGCGGCAAAAUACGGUGUGAAAUUCUGGUUACUGUGUGAAUCGGCUUCAGGGUACGUGCUCCAGAUGUCCGUAUAUAGGGGCAGACAGUUUGACCCUACAACUCCUGGUCAACUACAGGGCACCAACGUAGUGCACAACCUACUGCAAGAAGCAUCCCUACUUGGCCGUGGUUACCAUGUGUUCUGUGAUAGUUUUUUCACAUCCAUGCAUCUUGGCCAUGUGCUACUGCAACAUCAUACAUAUGUGACAGGUACACUUCGGAAAACAAGACCGAUGCCCUUAACUAUACGGAAUGCUGACCCCCGGCCAGGGACUGCUGUGUACAUGAGGCGGGGCAACUUCCUAUGCGUAGCUUCUCGCGAUGCCGACCACAAAAAGCCAGUGCGGCUUCUGUCUACAAUUCUUCCUGCCCAAGACCUUCCAAACGGGCGGCCAAAAAUGGUUAUGGCGUAUAACCGUAACAUGGGUGCGGUUGAUAUGGAUGAUGGGUUAUUAAGUGUCUAUGGAAAACAGCGGAAAACCAAGAAAGUAUGGAAAAAUGUGUUUCUACAUAUACAGCAUAGAAUUAUGCUAAAUGCUUAUAUUCUUUACAGGGAGAACACUACAGACCGCCCCGUGCUGAGUCGACUACAGUUCAUAUUGCAGGUUGUCGAGUCCCUGUCUGGUCGCGAGCCGACUGUCUUGCCCAGACGUGCACGUCGGCAACGCCAGAUCCUGGUCCUACUACCUCCAGGAAAGGAACGGGAUUGCUGUGUGUGCUCUUCCCAUGUGCGGCACGGAAGUGGAAUACGCCGAAGGAGUAGAACUGUUUGUUCCCUGUGCAAAAGGGGACUUCAUAGACAAUGUCAGGAAAGGCACAACGCAUGUACAGAGAUAUAA